UUCAUCCUGCGUCUUCCUUCAUCAGUUUCCUUUCCUGUUUCCUCACUCUUUCGAUUUAGAAUUAGAAGUAGUUUAAAAAAAUUGAUAAUAAAGUAAGAAAACGUCGAAAUAUUUAUGAUUUUAAUUUUCAAUAGAAAUAUUGGAGCCUUGGCAUCGAGUUCACGUGUGAAAUUAUAAACGCAAUUGAUCAGUGAAUCGUUAUCAGUUGUUUGAUUCGCGAGUACCCCAUACAUCAACAUUCAACCCUCAGAAUAAUGGAAAACGCUAUUAUCGCUUUCGAAACUGCCUUCAAAGACACUCAAAGUAAACUAGACACCAUCACAUGGAAACUCGAAAGUUUUGAAAAAGAUGUUUUGAGCUGCGUUAGACGUAAUGUCAAAGGAAAGAUGAUUUCGGUAAUGGACCUGAUGCACAAUAUUAGAGACAUAAGAAACGACUUCCUUUCCUUACGAGCAGAGAUGAUGGACGUUGAGGAAAAAAACAAAGAAGUUCAUACUAUUAUAACUAACCUGAUCAAUAGCGCCUAUAACGAACAUGCAGUGUUAAGAGAGAUGCUGAAAAAUUACGAAGGCCAUUAACACGUCUUAUUCGCUCAUUUCUUCGGCAAUCAAAUUUACUCGUAUAACAUUUUAACAAAACGACGUGAUAAAAGUGCUUUAUUAAUUUAGAUAGUUUUAGUUUUUUUGUUGUAAAGUUUUUAAAAAUGUGUUUUUGUUUCAAUGUUGCUGUACCUAUUUUAAGUGUGUUUUUAAUUUUUCUAUUUUUCAGUGUACUACUGUAUUUAAUUUCAACGUGUGUAACCCUUUGGAGAUAUUUCAAUUGAUAUUUAAAUACAUCAAUUACAAUUACAUCAUUCUCAUCGGUACAGGGAAUAAGAAUGUAAACUACAUAGGUACGAAGAAUAAAGUCGAACAAUGCUAUGAAAUUCAUAUAUUCAAUGAAAAAAAAAAAUACAAAAUACACGAUUAUAUUCACUGUAAAACUUACGAUUAAAGUAAUUUCAAUAUAAGAAUUAAUAAGAAAAAACGAUA